UCAACCACAAAAUACUUCGCGCACUCGCACAACUUUAGCGAUCCAAAGAAAAUGGUACUCAAUCUACUCUUCAUUACGACUGUGAUAAAGUCCACUUUCGGCGUGGUCACCACCGGCCUCUGGCUCAUACCGCUGCUCCUCGCCGCCAUAACCUACUACCGUUACGACAGUGUCGAUCCGGAGGCAAGGCCAAUUGAUCAACUAAAUUUAUAUACCGAAUAUGAUUUCAUCAUAGUGGGUGCCGGUUCGGCCGGUGCAGUGGUAGCUAAUCGCUUGACGGAGAUACGCAAAUGGAAGGUGUUACUCAUUGAAGCGGGUCCAGAUGAAAAUGAGAUCUCCGACGUACCAUCUCUAGCAGCAUAUCUCCAGCUGAGCAAACUCGAUUGGCAGUACAAGACGCAGCCCUCCAACAAAGCCUGCCUCGGCAUGAAGAAUAAUCAGUGUAACUGGCCGCGUGGUAAGGUGCUCGGCGGUUCCAGUGUGCUGAACUAUAUGCUCUAUGUGCGCGGCAAUCGGCACGACUAUGAUCACUGGGAAUCGCUGGGAAAUGCCGGUUGGGGCUACGAGAAUGUACUGCAAUAUUUCAAGAAGUCAGAAGACAACCGCAACCCUUAUCUAGCGAACAAUGCUUAUCAUGGUCGUGGUGGCCUACUCACGGUGCAGGAGUCGCCGUGGCAUUCGCCACUGGUUGCCGCAUUCGUUGAAGCUGGUCGCGAGAUUGGCUAUGAAAACCGCGACGUCAAUGGCGAAAAACAAGCUGGUUUCAUGAUAGCUCAAGGUACUAUAAGACGCGGUUCACGCUGCAGCACCGCGAAGGCCUUCUUGCGCCCCAUCAGAUUGCGUAAAAACUUACAUCUUUCCAUGAACUCACACGUCACCAAAGUGGUCAUUGAACCGGGCACAAUGCGCGCGCACACCGUGGAGUUUGUAAAAAAUGGUAAGGUCUUUCGCAUACGCACCAGACGCGAGAUUAUUUUGUCAGCCGGCGCUAUCAAUACACCGCAAAUACUGAUGCUCUCGGGUAUUGGCCCAAAGGCGCAUCUCGAGAAGCACGGCAUACGCGUGCUUCAAGACCUGCCAGUUGGUGAGAACUUGCAGGAUCAUGUUGGUAUGGGUGGCCUGUCGUUUUUGGUUGACAAACCCGUUGCCAUAGUGCAAGACCGAUUCAAUCCCACAUCGCUCACCAUGCAGUAUGUGUUGCGUGAGCGCGGCCCCAUGACUACUUUAGGAGGCGUAGAAGGUCUGGCUUUUGUACACACGCCCUACUCUAACAGCACCAUAGAUUGGCCCGAUAUACAGUUCCACAUGGCGCCAGCUUCCAUCAAUUCGGACAAUGGCGCGCGCGUAAAGAAAGUACUCGGUCUAAAAGAGUCCCUAUACCAAGAAGUUUUCAAGCCGAUCGCUAACAAGGAUACUUGGACUAUCAUGCCGUUGCUGCUGCGUCCCCGCUCACGUGGCUGGGUGCGUCUCAGCUCAUCGAAUCCCUUCCACUAUCCGCUCAUCAACGCGAACUACUUCGAUGACCCGUUGGACGUUAAAACGAUUGUAGAAGGUGGGAAAAUAGCGCUACGCGUUGCCAACGCCAAAGUCUUCAAGCAGUUUGGUUCGCGUUUGCAUCAAAGACCUUUGCCGAACUGCAAGAAACAUAAAAUAUACUCGGAUGCUUAUCUGGAAUGCCAGGCGCGCACCAUUUCCAUGACGAUUUAUCAUCCAUGCGGUACAGCGAAAAUGGGGCCCGCUUGGGAUCCCGAAGCAGUGGUCGAUCCACGAUUACGCGUUUAUGGCGUUAGAGGGUUGCGCGUAAUCGACGCAAGUAUUAUGCCGACAAUUAGCAGCGGCAAUACAAAUGCGCCGGUAAUUAUGAUCGGCGAAAAGGGUGCUGACCUCAUCAAGGAGGAUUGGCAGCGAAAUCCGGAGUAUCGUGCAGCGGCGCCGAAAAGUUAGCAAGUUAGUUAAUUAGAUAAAUUUAGCAACUCCGGAAGUUAUGCUACCAGUGCAUGUGGGACCACAAAUCAGGGGCGUACGUCAGCUUUAUUACAGUUAUACCGCAAGCGGUGCCAUCGGGAGGUGGUGUUUCUGUUGUGCUACUCGGAAGCACCGCCUUACAUAGCAAAUAUUUCACUUAUUACGCUAAAAUCGACACAACUUGUUUAAUUAGUUUUAAUCUGUAGAAUUUAGAUACAUUCGAGUCAUAGGCCUAAAACUUUAAGCUAAUUCUUUGUUAACGAGCUACAUACUCUUAAAACGAUAUAU